AUGAAAACUGAUGGAGGAAAAAAUUUAUGUUAUGCUCUAUCAGCUGUUUGUUUUACAAGUUUAACUAUUGUAUUUAGUCCUCUUAAAGCACUUAUAGAAGAUCAAAAGGAACCUAUAAAGGCAGGCAUUCCAAGUGUUACUCUUUAUGCUAAUUUAGCAUAA